UCGUCGCGCGAAUUGAAUUUCACAACAGAAAAAUCUUCUCUCUUUAAAAAAUGGAUUUUAAUCCUGAUAAAUUCGACGAUGACGAAUCAGAAUGGAUGCCAGGACGUGAUGGAUACGUUUGUCUCGUCGAUUGUUCGAAACAAAUGUACGACGGGAAGAAAUUUCACGAAGUUAUUGAAAUGAUAAAGAUCACAAUUCGCAAUUUGAUUAUCAAAAGUGAGAAGAAUAUGUUUGGAGUUUUAUUCUACAACACAGAAAAAAGUCCUCCAUCGAAUUCAACUGCUUCAGAUAUCGUCGUGGAAAAUAAUAUCGCAGUCUUUUUGAACAUCAAAGCAGUUUGUGCCGACUCCUUAAAGUACGUCCAUAACUAUUUGCAACGAGGAAUUAAUGAUUUUCCCUCAGUUUAUGGACAUUGCGACACAAAUCCCAAUUGCUUGAACGAUGCUGUGUGGAUUGCUUCGAAAAUGUUACGAAAUUGCGGUUACAAACUCGUCGAAUCGCGCAUUUUGGUGUUCACGGAUAAUCCAAAGCCUUUUGAGCCGGGCAGCAAUGAGGAACGAAAUGCCUUCAAAAAAGCAGAAGAUUUACGAGAUUCUGGGAUAACUGUCACUGUGAUGCCCAUGAGUGAUGAUUUCACGGGAGAACCAUUUUACGCUCAAUUCAUUGAAACAGUUUUCGGUUGUGAACUGCCCGACAUUCGCAUGGAUUUGGAAAAGCCUGUGCAAACAAGAGAAAUGUUGAUGCAACGCGUCACGCAGAAAGAUUACACAAAAAGAUGUUCAUCGCGGAUAAAAUUCCAUUUUGGGCAAGGAUUGGAUAUGAGUGUUGGCAUUUAUUCGAUGUAUCGUCAAGUAAAGCCUCCGAAAGCGGUGACCUUGCAUCGAAAGGACAACGAACAAAUACAAGCGAAACGAGUUCAUGUCGUGAAAGAAGCAUCUGAGAACGAAAUUAGUUCAAAUAACGAAGAAAUCCAAGCUAAAAAUGAGCCAAAAGCAUCCAACAACAACGUUUUCAACUUUAAUUUUACGAAACCUGCGAUCAUUCCAACAGAAUUAAUUCACUAUCAGCAAUUCGGUGAAGAUAAAAUCAAAUUUACCAAUCAAGAACGCACCAAAAUGCAAACUCUCAUGCAACCGGGACUCAAUUUACUCGGUUUUAAGCCUCUUGAUACGUUUGUCCUUGAUGCCCAUCUACGCGGACCUAACUUCAUGUACCCUGACGAGAAGUUACUCAAGGGGUCAACUACUUUAUUUCGUGCUUUGUGGGAACGAUGUCUCGCCAAAAAGGUCGUCGCUUACGGAAUUUUAGUUGAACGAUCUCGUGCCAACCCGAAACUCGUAGUUUUAGUGCCGCAAGACGAGUUGAGCGGAAAAUAUUCGCGUUACGGAGGUUUUCGCAUCGAAUAUGUCGCUUAUGCGGAUGCCAUUCGAGAUAUUGAUGCCUUCAAAUGCUUUCAAGACGAAGAUUUUCCCGAAGAAGUCAUCAAUCAGGGCACAGAACUUUUCAUCAAAGUCAUCGAUAAGCUGAAAUUCCGUUAUAAACCGGAAAAAAUCGCAAAUCCCAAAGUUACGGGCUUGUACGAAGUCAUUGAAGCGACAGUUUUGGAGGAACAACCACCGCCGGCGAUUGAUACGACACUUCCAGAUACGGAACAGAUGGAUGCACAACUUGCCGACGUUGUUGAGCAAUUUCAGGAGUUGUUCCAAGUCGAUGAGGCGCCGGAAAAGAAGAAACGUAGCGCGGAUCCGUCAAGUCAACGACCAAAAAUGGCAAAAACUUUCGAUGCGGCGGAGAUUGAACGUUCCAAUAACUUGAGCAGCUUCACUGUGGAUGCCUUAAAAGCUUAUUUGACCUCCAAGGGCGUCACGGGGCUCUCAAAAUGCAAAAAAUCCGACCUCGUUGAGAAAGUACAAGAAAUUAUCGAAACGUAUUCUGUUGAUAUUCCAUGAAAAAUAAAUUUUUGCUGUCAUUUUGAGCUGUCAAACGUCCGCAACUGUCA